AUGCCCAACGAGGCCUUCAACCUCCAGUCUCCAACCUCAGUCUCCAACGUCAGCCUCCAAUCUCAGCCUCCAACUGCCUCCCUCCAACCUCCAACCUCAGCCUCCAACCUCAGCCUCCAACUCCCUCCCUCCAACCUCCAACGUCAGCCCCCAACGUCAGCCCCCAACGUCAGCCUCCAACCUCAGCCUCCAACUUCCUCCCUCCAACCUCCAACCUCAGCCUCCAACCUCAGCCUCCAACAGCCUCCCUCCAACCUCCAACCUCAGCCUCCAACCUCAGCCUCCAACCUCCAACUGACACACUUCUAG